AUGGCACUGGUCGCAGCUGUAAGGGGAAACGAAAAAUCAGCCAAGGGGCAAAGUGGCCCUCUGGAAGGCCAGGUUUUUGGUGUAAAGCAUUUGGAAAAACCUGGCGGAAAACCGCGAAGCACACGUACUGAGAGAAAACUGAAGUUUCAACAGGAUCAGCAGCAUUAUUCAUCAAAUAAUAUCCAUCUCGCUUGCGAAUUUCAAUUAUUCUUACGCUUUACAAUCUCAAAGGUCAACAGGCAAGAGUUUGAUCGGUCUCCGUUUCGGGAAGGAGAUAAACUACCGAGGAUAAGUUCUGAUGCCGUGACGUUUCGAGCCGUGCAGGUUUCUCCUCCGUGGGCCGCUCGAAUGCCGAGAGAAUCAAUGACCGAAAGGUGCAUGAACUUUAUGCUGGAAACUGAAUCGGCGAGUUGUGGACACACCGCGCCAAGAGGUUUCAGACCAAGCGAUGAUCAAAGUGUUGCCCGACUUUCCGUAAGCAUAGUGGACACCUCGCCAUCGGUGGCAAGGCGAUGCAAACGAUACCGAUCUCAUAUAGCAUUUCAAAUGCCUACCCGUAUUGAGAUUCCACAGAGGCAACAUAUUCAUCGAAACUAUCGAAGUGUUUACGAUGGAGCGAUUGUCUCUGAACGUCGGGCGUCGCUCACUCCUCCGAAUGGCUAUGAAACUCCCUCUACAUGGAGUCAACUGGAACAGCUUCAGAUGGGCAUUAGGUGCGGAUUUCCAAAUUCACCGCGUGCGCAAAGCCGACCCAUCAACACUCUCCGAACACUGCAACCACAGUUUUCAGUUAGACGUGCAGCAGAUCCGGAUGGCUCAUUGAAAGUGAAGCCGACUUCAGCCAAAACAGUUCCGCAAAGACAGACAAGGAAUAGAGUCAUCGAAUCAAAGUCAUUAAAUCAUCUGAAGACGUUGGUAAAAUCGGAUGAUUUUAGCGAAGAUCCAGCCUCAACUCCUCUUCAAAGGUCCGUUCGUCAAAAAUUUCCUCCUAUUCCGGUCGCCAAUUACUCAGUAACUCAAUUGAAGAAUCUACUGUCCAAGGAGGUUGAUCCUGGAGACCCUCGAUCUCUGCUGAAGGAGCUUGGGACAAUUGGUGAAGGUAGCACAAGUGUGGUGAAAUUGGCUCGCCGAUCGCUAGAUGGGGCCCUUGUGGCUGUAAAGAAAAUGAAAAUUGCCAACCAGCAACGACCAGAGCUCCUUAUCAAUGAGGCGGUGCUCAUGCGCACAUUUUCCCAUCCAAAUAUUGUGAAAAUGUUUUCCUGCUACCUGGUUAAUGACGACUUUUGGGUGGUUAUGGAGUUCAUGGAUUGCGGCGCGCUUACAUCCUUUAUCUCGCAUACUCGAUUAAGCGAAAAGCAAAUAGCGACCCUGAGUAUUCCCAUUCUUUCCGCAUUGGCCUUCCUUCACAGCAACGGCAUAAUUCACCGAGACGUCAAAUCAGACUCCAUUUUACUUGCUUCUGAUUUUAAAGUAAAACUCUCCGAUUUCGGAUUUUGCGCUACGGUAUGUCUUGUUCCGUGUUUAUAAGUGAUUGCUCGAGCUCCGUACGGCACAGCAGUCGACAUUUGGUCCUUUGGAGUGCUAAUUAUUGAAAUGGUCGAUGGGGAACCAAGUCUUUUUAAUGAAACUCCUUCAGUAGCUAUGCGUCUCAUCCGCGAAAGGUUUACGCCUCACCUCAAACACCCAGAGAAC